AGGCACGCCGUUUCCAUAACAACGCGACCAGGAAGAACGGAAUACUGAAGGAAAAGGCGCUUUCGUUCGUAAAUUUAAAAAAGCAUGUUAUUUAAGAUGACUUACAUCAGCUUCUCGCCUUCAUGGCUCGGUGAAAGUUGAAAGGCUCUGUCCUCUGACUGAAACAGCCUCGUUUGGUAAAGAUGUCGUUGUCCACGGCCAGAGCCAGUCCAGUGCCAGGCGCACCCAGGGGAGAGCAAGCAGACGAGAUUGACCUGAGAGUCCAAGUUCCAGAUCAGGAGAUGAGGAAGGAGCCCGUCAAACAAAUGGGCAUCCCAGAGGAACUGCUGCUCAGCCUCACCUCCACUGUCUCCAAAAACACACAGGGCCACACUGCACAUCACCGAACCUGUGAAAAUGAUGGAAUCAGACGGCCAGAUGGAGUUUGGCAUUAUCCACUUGGACGCACCAAAUACAAAUACUUUCUGGAACAGCCAACAUCGCUGACAGAAGCCGGCAGGGAUAUUUCAUUCCUGUGCGAUGCUGUGCUCACACAGAAAAAGAUGACUGCUCUCCCACCCCUGCAUGAGAAGGGCUGCAACGGAGACAUACAGAAAUUGGAUGUCAAACAAAAUGUGAUCCCUGCAGAGUAUCGUAUUGUGAGGAACAAAGGAAUACAAUCCCUCCAGUUGUAUGACGAUGCAUUCACAGUGCAGCUGAAAGAUCAGGAGCAGAAGUUACGAGUUCUCCCAUCACUGAGGCCCAGUGGGAGGCUGGAAGUGAUCCAGCUGAUGCGAAUGAUGGAUGACAUGCUGGAAAAGGCUGGAGUGGAUCAGCAGGACGAAGAGCUGACCGACCUGUGCCAACUCGAGAGCUUGUUGGAACUGGUGAAGACAGAGCAGAACAUCUACAACAUCGUUUUCCAUGAACUGAUCAGGCAGGUGACCGUCGGCUGUGCUGAGAGAGGACAGCUCCUCGCCAAACUCAGGCAGCGGUACCAGACUCUGCUGGAGCGAAUCCCCCGGCGCCUGAAGUCGUUACAUACUGAGAUGGUGGCGCAGCGGGCUCUGGACCGUCGGCUCAUUGAGGAAAUUUACCACAUCAAGGCAUCCAUCCAGCAGAUAAACAUGGAACUAGCAAAAGUGAGAGACCAUGAUGCUUUUGUUUCCGAUAAGGUGCAGAACGCACAGGAUGAACUUGCCAAAAGCUACAAAGAAACUCUCAGCUACUCAGAAGUUGUCCAGGGUUACCACCAUUUGUACGAGCUGCACAGGGCUCGUCUGGAGGAUGAGCUGCUACAGAUGACUGAAGACAGAGACUAUUGGAGCCAGUACACCUUCAACCUCGCCCUCAAAGUGAUUAAAGUGAAGAAGCUCAAGCUUGUCAGUGAGCUGCAUGUCAGUCAGGAAGGCUGGUUCGAGACAGCACAGGACUGCCUCAUCUACAUUGCCACAAAGGAUGCACAUGAUCUGGAUGUCAUAGUGGAGACAACCGAACAGUGGAAAGAUGAGCUGCUUGCCCUCAUGUUCUUUGUGAAGAAGAUUCAGCAUGCUCAGUUUGAACAGAUCUCCUCCAUGCAGGAAGGCAUCAAAGAGUGGUAUCAUUGUAUCAGCACACAGAAUCUGGAUGAGAUUACAGAAUAUGACGUGACAACAUUGGCAGAACUCCAUGCAGACUUAUGGAGGUGGACAAAUAAGUUGUCACUUGCAUCUGGUGAAUCCGAAGGAAAAAGACAGGAUUUAUUUCAGAGGAGACUGAGUGACCUCCAGAAUUGCCUGCAUAAAUUUAUAAAAAUAAGCUUUCAGAUUGUUGAAAGGCACACUUUCCCUAAUGUUGCGCCUUCUGUGAGCCUUGAGACAAUAAGAGAGCUGGAGAAUGUCAUAAGUGAACUUCUCAAACAAUAUGACAAUCAAGUCAGUGAGGUCCACCAACUCAUUACAUCCAUGUAUGAACGAAUGGACUUCUGGGCUUCUGAAACUCAUAAUGCGCUGCAGCUGUUUUGUCCCGACUCAGCAAUGGCCCCCUCUGAUUGGACUAAACUGGAAGAAGCUUUGUCUUAUUGCAAGGACACAAUUGAAAAGAUAAUUUUGCACUUCCCCUUCGCACAAACGGACUCAAAAACAAACAAACAAAAAGGCAAAAGAGUGGUCAAAAUCAUCCCUAACUUUUACUCAGGGACAGAAAAGGUGAUAGAUGAGGUUCAGGAGCUCAUAAAAUGCCUGUUCACCUUCACUGAGACUGAGAACAAGAAACUGCUAGAAGAGGUGUCUUGUCUUCAUGAAGGUCAAAGAAGCUGGAUGUUGGCUGUGUUGCUUCACAUGUUACCUGACCAGAUUGAGGAAGAAGAUAAAGAUCUGAACCGUGAAGACAAAACAGAAAACUCAUUACAAGCUUUAUCUGAGGAUGCAAAAAGUCUGUCAAAGACAUUGCUCUAUUAUUCCAGAUUUAUUACCAGAGCAAGCAGAUUAAUUUUGGAGGAGGCGUUUAUAGUGGACCCUUAUGAUGCAGAUGUGGAAGAUAAGACAAAACAGUUUAAAAAGCUGGAGACAGAUGGUGAUAAAUGGUUGGAAAGUUUGAGAAUACUGCUCAGAGGAAUUAAUGAGAAAUUUGAGGCGGAACUCAUCAGGCAAGCCAAAGAAACUUCAAGCAGCCCUCAGCCACCAGAAAGCCUGGAUACUCAGAUCAGUGAAGGUCCUUUGCAGGAGCCCAGCGAAGCUGAUGAAACCACAGAUGAGACUGAACCAGAAAAACCUGAGACCAGUGAAGGUCCUUUACAAGAGCCCAGCGAACCUGACGAAACCACAGAUGAGACUGAACCAGAAAAAACUGAGACCAGUGAAGGUCCUUUACAAGAGCCCAGCGAACCUGACGAAACCACAGAUGAGACUGAACCAGAAAAAACUGAGAUGACGAGUGAAGAACCGGAAAGAGAACAAGAGAGGCCGUCACUGAAGAUUAUAGACUACGAUACAAACAUCAUUCAAAUAUAUCAGGAUGAAAGCAUGGUCCAGCUGUCUGGGGGCCAUGAGCUGAUUGCGCGUCCAAUAACAGAAAAAGACCAAAAAGCUUACUCCAGUCUAGCAUCAGUGGUGCUGCUGCAGAAAGAACUGAGUGACUCUGAGAAGAUAGCAAUAACUGCUGAGAAGCGAGCUCAGGAAGCGGAGGAGGCUCUGUUUGAAGCGCUGAUUAAGAUUAAGGACCUGGAGAGAUUGCUCCAGGCUCAGGCUGCUGCAAGUGAGGAAAAGAAAACACCACCUCGUUCCUCACCUCCAGCUGCAGAACCAACUUCUGAAACAUAACCCUCAUCUGAAGCCAAAAAAGAAAGCAACACCUGAAAGAAAACAUGUUGUGACUCUAUGUUUAUGUUUGAGGCUAUCUUAUUUAUUUUUGCUGUAUUUUGCAAAAAAGUAAAUAUAAUCAGCUACAUUUAACAACCCACGACUUCUCAAAGUGUGACGCAUAAAUAAAAAAAACUGAAGAUGACAGAAAAGCAAUGUACAAACCUCUCCAUUCUGUAGAUGGAGAGGUUUUCUUUCAUCGCCUUAUUAUUGUACAAGGAUGCAAUAAUAUCCUUGUACAAUAAUAAUAUCACUUUCUGAUAGUGUGUGCUGUGCAUUUGCUUGCUGUGGCACCUGUCAACCCUUUGUCCCUUCAAUGUCUCUCUUCUUCCUGCUGCAUUAAUAAAUGUCUAUGAAAAUGUU